CUCCCCCUCGCUAGUCCAACACGAUCGCAAACCAAUCACGGCCCGACAGGUAUACCACGGACGCAUCGUCGGAGAAAGAAACCUCGGAAUUGUUCCAACUCGGCCAAAGGAUCGGUUGGCGUCCAAGCGGAUUCUACAAGUAAACCACAGAGCACCAAACAAGCGAGAAAUGGGUUCGAAAAGUGCUACCUCCGGCUACCGAAACCGCCUGCUAUUAGUAGCUGCCGGCCUUAUACUAUUUUUGAUACCGUACAGUUCCGCCCUGAGGGAAGGCGAGUGCGAAGUGUGCGUUAAAGUAGUGGACAAGUUCGCGAACAGCCUUGCGGAUGAUGUGAAGAAGGAUACGAAGCGGAUAGAGGAUGAGUUCCGCACUUUCUGCAAAAAAUCCAAAGACAAGGAGCAACGCUUCUGUUACUACCUCGGUGGCAUGGAAGAUUCGGCCACGGGCAUUCUGAAUGAGCUUUCCAAACCGGUCAGCUGGGGGAUGCCGUCGGAUAAGAUCUGCGAGAAGCUGAAGAAGAAGGAUGCCCAGAUCUGCGAUCUGCGAUACGACAAACAAAUCGACGUGAAUGCCGUCGAUCUGAAGAAGCUGAAGGUGCGUGAUUUGAAGAAGAUUCUCUCGGAUUGGGAUGAGGAAUGCGACGGGUGCCUGGAAAAGACUGAUUUCAUUAAGCGCAUCGAGGAGCUGAAGCACAAGCACAUUAAGACGGAGCUGUAACAUCAUUCGGUGUUGCGGGCCAAGCCAGAAAAUCGAGCCCCACCGCACGCCGUCUCUUCUGCUGUGUCCUUCCCUCUUCAUUGUGUUCCAUCAUCAUGGCCUGUACUGCUCCCGAACCACCGAAGUUAAUUUAUUGCUCACCCGCAUGCCACGCAAAGCGGCUGAUUGUGUGUAAUCGGUAGGCAGCGGAAAAACUAUGUAGGCCUUGUGCACGCAAUCGCGAUUUGGUGACCCCUGUACCGUCGCACCAAAAUCACAAGGAUAUGCACCAGCUAGAAAUAACGAGGCAUAUGUGCGAAAGACAAAAAGAAUGAUCAACAAACGAAUGUUCGAAUGAGAACGGAAGAACUGGAAAUAUAAACGUUGGCAAG